UCAGUUGUAGUCUAAGAGCAGUGGCAGUUAAGCCCUGUUCCCUCUGUUUCACGGGAGGCACCUACAAAUCAACUUAGCAUGGGAUCACAUGAAACUGCAGCCGGCAUUAAUGGGAAUUUACUACUGAGAGCUCUGUGAAGGGAGAAGCUGGCACUCAAGAUUCUUCUGCAACUCACCUGGUCUAACUGAAGAUCAAUGAAGUUCUUAUGAGGACAUAAUGGGCAUCCCAAUGACAGUUCUUCUUUCGACUGUCAUAGCAAUGAUUCUGCCCUUUUGCCACUGCAAUAGAGGCCCAGAAAAGGGCUUCUCACAGUUCCAGUUUACCCACCACCUUUAUAAUGCCACAAUAAAUGAAAAUUCCAUCCCGAAGACAUACAUAGACUGCAAUGUGAAAAUGGGAAUUUACAUCAAAGAUCCUCUUUGGACUAUUAAGUACAAGAUCUUUUCUGGAGAUGAAAGCAAUCUUUUUAAAACAGAGGAAUAUACAGUUGGAGAUUUCAGCUUUCUGAGGAUCAAGACUCGAAGCAGUAACACAGCAAUGCUUAACAGAGAGGUGCGAGACAUAUACACUCUGACUAUUCAAGGCACCGAAAAGACCUAUGAUUACGAAGCAAGAACUAAAGUUAUUAUUCGUGUCCUGGAUGCAAAUGACUUGAAGCCGCUAUUUUACCCUGCUUCUUAUAGUGUCACAGUGUCGGAAGACACACCUUUGAAAGCAAGCCUUGUCAGAGUGAGUGCCACUGACGCUGAUCUUGGAAGCAACUCUGAAUUCUACUUUUCCUUCCCAGAAAAAUUGCAGGCUUUUAUGGUGCAUCCUUCCACUGGUACAAUCAUUUUGUCAAAAUACUUGAACUAUACCCUUUCACCCAAAUAUGAAUUUCAUGUACUGGCUGAAGACAGAAUGAAGAAGAUUUCAGGAACAAAGGGCUUUGGAAAUGUAGCCAGGGUAACUAUUAAUGUAGAAAAGAUAGACUCUAAACCACCAAUAAUUGCAUCAAUAGACGUCACUAGUGCUAAGAAUGAAAUGGAGUUUCUUAAUGCAAUUAUGACCGUGUUUGUUGCUGGCCCUGAACAAAAGGUUCAGUCAGUAGAUAUUAUAGCUGGUAAUCAAUUUGCCGAUUUUAAAGUUAUCCCUUCGGACUUUAAGAAUCAGGAAUACAAGUUGAUUUCAAUUAGAAGUAUUAAUUGGCUAAAUUAUCCCAAUGGCUUAAAUCUUUCAUUUCAGGCAAAAGACAACAGCCGACCCCCUUUACUUUCACCCAUAAAGAGCUUGUACAUAGCAGUGCAAAAGGACAACAACAUUAAAUUUGAAAAGGAAGUGUACCAUGUUAUGCUGAGUGAAUUUUCCCCUCCUAAAAGUUUUGUUGUUCUUACUAAGGUGAUUUCAGAUCAUUCAAACAUCAGUUAUGCUAUAUCUAAAAACCACGACAGUGCAAACUUUUUGAUUCACUCCAAAAGUGGCCUAAUCACAACAGCAGUACAAAUGGAUUUUGAAAAGAAGUCUCACUUUGAGUUUGAUGUGACAACAACCAACAAGGAAGCCAAAACUCGUGUUAUAAUUGAUAUUGUUGAUGAAAAUGACAAUGCUCCAAAGUUCAGCCAGACCUCUUAUCAAGAAACGGUUUUUGAAAAUGUAGCAAUUGGAACAAAAGUUCUACAGGUAACAGCAUUAGACAGUGAUUCAGGAAGCAAAGGCUUUGUGACAUAUGCCAUAGCGAACAGAGGGCCAUUACCAUUUUCGAUCGAUCCAUUUACAGGAGUUGUCUCCACCUCUGAAGAACUGGAUUAUGAACUUAUGCAACGCUUGUAUCAUCUUCGAAUUUGGGCAUCAGAUAGUGGAACACCCUUUAGUCAUGUAACAGAAUCAACUGCUACAAUUAUUAUGAAUAAUGUAAAUGACAAUAUUCCGAAAUUUGAAAGGAUAAAAUGCCAGGCAACCAUUCCUGCAAAUUUUCAACAAGGUACAUGUAUUGGCAUCAUGUCAGCAGUUGACUGGGAUGAGCUGCAACAAGUGAGAUAUGAGAUAGUAUCAGGCAAUGAACAAGGACUCUUUGACCUGAAUCCAACCUCUGGCAUGCUAAUGCUGCAGAAGCAAAUUCCUCAGAAUAAGCCUGAUGAUGUGAUACGCUCAUAUAGCCUGAAAAUAACUGCCACAGAUGGAGAAAACUAUGCUCUACCAACAGAUAUUAACAUUACUGUUUCCGAGACCACUGAAGAAGAAGCUUGUGAAAAAAUGAAGUGUGAAGAGACUCAGGUUUUAAAAAAUUUGACUAACAUGCUUAUUCAAUCAAUUAAGCCCAAAAUUCAGUCGGCAGAUGAUGAAACUUUCUCCGAUGUAUAUAUUGUAAAUUACCACCCUCCCAAAUUUGAUAAAAAUCUUCCCAGUUCAAUUGAUAUUAAAGAAAACACUCCCAUCAAUUCAACUGUUCUCCACAUUGUGGCACAUGACGAGGAUACUGGCUUUAAUGGGAAGCUAGUGUAUGUAAUCUCUGAUGGAAAUGAAGAUGGCUGUUUUCUGAUUAACAUGGAGACAGGUGAACUUAAAGUAUUCUCUCACUUAGACCGAGAAACAAAAGGAUUUUAUAUUCUUAAUAUUACUGUCUAUGAUUUGGGAACACCACAGAAGGCUUCAUGGAAGUUCUUAGCAAUUAACAUUAUAGAUGUCAAUGACAAUGAACCAAAGUUUGAACAGCCUGCUUACUUCCUGUCAGUUUCUGAAGACACAGAGUUACGGAGGAUCAUUUUCAAAGUAACAGCGACUGACACUGACCUAGAAGAUAAUGGAAGAGUUAAGUAUUCUUUUUUAACACCUACUGAAACUUUUACUAUUAAUGAGUUUACUGGAGAAAUUGGGAUAAUUCAACCACUGGACAGAGAACAAUAUCCAUAUUACAGACUAAAAAUUGAGGCUAGGGAUCAGGCAAAACUAGAGCCUCAACUAAUGUCAACUGCAGACAUUUUAGUAGCAGUGGAGGACGUCAAUGAUAACCCUCCAAGAUUUCUUUCCGCACCCUACAAGGUACAAGUUCCUGAAGAUUUUCCAGUUGGAACCAUGAUUUUGUGGGUUGAAGGUUAUGAUUUAGACCUAGGUCUUGGGGGACAAAUUAACUACAACUUGAUGAACAGUGAAAAUGGAGUGUUUCAUUUAGACACGUCAACUGGUGUUCUUACCUUAGAAAGAGAACUGGACUUUGAGAAGAGGAGUCAGUAUAAUUUAACUGUACGAGCCGUUGAUCAUGGAAAGCCUAGAGCUCUGUCUUCAUCUUGCAUUGUUGAAGUGGAAGUAAUAGACAUCAAUGAGAAUCUGAAUGCCCCACGUUUCACUUCUUUUGUCUUCAAAGGAAGUGUUGAGGAGGGCAGCCCUAUUGGGACUACAGUCACCACAUUAACAGCUCUCGAUGAGGAUUCUGGAAAAGAUGGCGAAGUGCGAUAUUUUAUUAGUGAUGGUACUGGGUUUGGAGUUUUCACAAUUGAUCAGGAAACAGGUACCAUUCAAACAGUAGAGAGUCUGGACCGUGAGUCCAUCUCUCGUUACUGGCUUACAGUUUAUGCAACAGACAUGGGCACUGUUCCACUCACCUCCUGGACAGAGGUUUACAUUGAAGUGCUUGACAUCAAUGAUAAUCCUCCAGUGCCAACAAAGCCAGUUUAUUUUGGAUCGAUCUUGGAAAACUCUCCGAAAGAUUUAUCAGUUGUCCGAAUUGAAGCCAGUGACCCUGACUCAACCUCAGAAGGGAAACUUGUUUUCAAGAUCACUGACACCCAGCUUUCAUAUUUCAACAUCAAUCCGAAAACAGGUGUGGUCAGUACCACGGCAAGUCUACUAGAUCGGGAACAGAAAGCUGAACACAUCUUUGAGGUCAUAGUCAGUGAUGGUGGUAAACCACUGCUACAGGCUACUGCCACUGUCAUUAUAGAGGUGUUGGAUGUAAAUGAUGAAGUACCUAAAUUCACACACAAGCUGUUCACUGUAAGGCUACCAGAACGUCAAGGAAUAACACAGCCAAUGCAAGUUUACAGGAUGAUUGCUAAUGACAGAGAUGAAGGAGUGAAUUCUGAAGUUACCUAUAGCCUGGUGAAGGACAGUAAUGAAAAAGACUUUACCAUUGAUCCAUCAUCUGGGAUUAUUACAUCCAAGAGUGACUUCAUUCCAGGGGAUUAUUUCAUUCUUUCAAUCAAGGCAACAGAUAAUGGGAGUCCUCCUAAAUCUUCCAGUGUCCGGCUCCACAUCGAUUGGAUACAAAAACCAGCUCCUUCCACAGAGCCACUAGUGUUCGAUGAACCUCAUUUUAAUUUUGCAGUAAUGGAAACGGACCCAGUGACUCACAUGGUGGGAAUAAUCAGCACUGAAAUCACACAAAGUGAGCUAUGGUUCGAUAUCACAGAUGGUGACAGCCUGCAGGAGUUUGACAUUGAGAAGAACAGUGGGAGCAUUGUUAUCGCAAAACGCCUUGAUGCAAGACAGCGGUCAAACUACAAUCUUACUGUAUCUGUCACUGAUGGAACCAAGUCUAUCAUCACUCAGGCCUAUAUUCACGUAGUGGAUAUUAAUGAGCACCGUCCCCAGUUCCUUAAGAAUCAAUAUGAGGUGAGCGUACCUGAAGACACUUCACCUUGGAAGGAUAUUCUACAGCUCAGUUCAAGGGAUGAAGAUGGAAGUACUAAGCUGAUUUACACCAUUCACAGCAGCGUCAAUGCAGCCUCCUUAAAACUCUUUCAGUUAGACCCAAGCAGUGGGAGUCUGUUUCUCAUUGAAGAGCUGGAUUAUGAGGCACAGCUGGUGCAUAUUCUUACUGUAAUGGUACGAGAUCAGGAUAUUCCUGUCAAAAGGAAUUUUGUUCGAGUUAUUGUGAAUGUUGAAGACUGCAAUGAUCAUGCACCAGUCUUUUCGAACGCUCUUUAUGAUGGGAGUGUAUUUAAUUUAGCUCCUGCAGGUACAGAAGUUUUGCAAGUGAAAGCCCUGGAUAAAGAUAAAGGAACCAAUGCUCAAAUUAUCUACUCCUUCCAUUCAGGAAACACAGACAAUAUUUUCAAUAUUGAUCCUGAUUCUGGACAAAUCACAGUUGCCAAGCCAAUUAAGGAACUUUCACAAGAACACUACCAUCUUACAGUGAAAGCAACUGACCAGGGUUUCCCUCCACUCAGUGACCUUACUACUGUGAACAUUCACAUAAAACUGUCUGAACUGACACCUCCUUACUUCUCUCAAAAGGAAUAUUUUACGGAAGUCAGUGAGGCAGCUGAUGUGGGACAACCUCUGAUUACUGUCUCAGCAACCAGUCCUUCAACAGUGAAUUAUGAAAUUAAAGCAGGUGAUCCAAAUGGGACUUUCCACUUAAACUCAUAUUCAGGAGUACUUUCUCUUCAGAAACCUUUGGAUUUUGAGACAAUAAUUUCAUAUCAAUUACAAGUCAGAGUGACAAAUCUAGCCAGAGCAUAUUCUGAUGCAGUCAUUUAUGUCUAUGUGAUUGACGAGAAUGAUAACGCUCCAGUAUUUCUAAAGUCGAACUUUACAGGUCAAGUUCGAGAAUCUCUUCACCCAAACAGCAUGGUGAUGGGUGAUAACAACACCCCACUGGUUAUUCAAGCUGUGGAUGCUGAUAAAGAUUUGAAUGCACAUCUUAUCUAUCAGAUUCUUGAGCCAGAUGCCCAGAAAUAUUUUAAAAUUGAACCUGGCAUAGGAACUUUAAGCACUACAAACAGUAUUGACUAUGAACUGACACAGGUUUUUCACUUUACUGUGCAAGUCCGGGAUUCAGGAAACCCAUCUUUGUAUGCAGAGAAUCCAGCAAGAGUGACAAUUCAGGUAUUAAAUAUAAAUGACUGUCCUCCAAAAUUUGAACAAGCACAGUAUGAAACCGUUCUUUUCCUACCUGCAUUCUCUGGUAUGGAAGUUAUUAAAGUUCUGGCAGAAGAUAAAGAUUCAAAUGUCACGUACACUAUACAGGAUGGAAAUGUUAACACAGACUUUUCAAUUCAGCCAACCAGUGGACUUAUUUUGGUACACAAUGCUGCCAGCCUGAAACAAAGCUAUGAGCUGACUAUAAGGGCAUCAGAUGGUUUAUACAAGGAUGUUACCCAUGUCAAAAUUAAUUUCACUGAAAUCACAGAAAGCGGACUUACAUUUGAGCACAGCUCUUACAAAGGUUCUGUUAUGGAGAACACAACAGACAUUAAAACGGUAGCUGCUCUUAGAUCUUCAGGGAACUAUUUAAAUGAACCUUUGACUUACACAUUGUUACACUCAGGGAGAAUGUUUUCUAUCACUCCAACCUCAGGGAUUAUUCAAACCACAGGACUUAUAUUUGACAGAGAACAGCAGUUUAUGUAUGAUCUGGUUGUAGAAGUAAGAGACACAAGGAAGCCUCCAAGGAUAGCUCACACAUCUGUAAAGGUAUCUGUAGAAGACAUAAAUGACAAUACACCUGAAUUUCUAAAUCUACCCUACUAUACCAAUGUGCAGGAAGAUGCUGAAGCUGGUGAUGUGAUUUUCCAAGUGACAGCAAUUGAUAAAGAUCUUGGGGAUAAUGGAAAAAUAAUGUAUUCGUUAGCAGAAGAUUUUGUGUUCUUCAGAAUUGAUCCAUAUCUAGGAGAUGUAUCUCUCAAGCAGUCGUUUGAUUUUUACACAUUAAAUAAAUAUGUUCUUAGAGUAAUAGCAACUGAUUGCGGUGAUCCUCCUUUGCUGUCAGAGGCAGAGCUUCUAGUAACAGUGCAAAACAAAUCCAAUCCAGUUUUUCAGAGUCAUCACUACACUAUAGAUGUACCAGAAAACAUUCCUCCGCACACAAUUAUCUUGCAUGUUCAGGCCCGCAAUCCUGAAGGAUAUCGCCUUGUUUACAACUUAGUUAGUGAAAAUGCUUCAAAAAUAUUCAACCUGGAUUUUAAGACUGGAGCUCUGAGUGUUGUUGAUACUUUGGACUAUGAAACAGAAACUAGUCACGUUCUGAUUGUGAGAGCAACGGAUGCUGUCCUGGGCACCUAUUCAGAAGCAACAGUGCUUGUAGAAGUGGAAGAUGUCAAUGACAAUCCUCCUUUUUUUCAACAAAAGGUCUAUGUUGCACAAAUCGCUGAAGGACUUCCAAUUGGCAGUCCUGUCAUUCAAAUGCAUGCCUCUGAUAAGGAUUCUGGACGGAAUAAAGACAUAACUUAUGAAAUCAUGGAGUCAGACGGCUCCAGCAUGUUUAGUAUUGAUGCAGUGACUGGCCAGAUAGUGACAACACAAGAAUUAGAUUAUGAAACCACUCAACAAUUUAACUUAAAGGUCAGGGCUGUAGAUAACGGCAUGCCUUCUCUGAAUGGUGAAGCACUUCUGCUUGUGAAUCUUUCUGAUGUCAAUGAUAAUUGUCCCAAAUUCAGUCAGCCCCAGUAUAACUCAAUAUUAAACGAAAUGGCAGUUUGCGGUCAGAUUGUGAUAAGAGUUCAAGCCUCUGAUCCUGAUGUAAACGAUGUUAAUAAUCUAAAAUAUUUUAUAGUGUCUGGCAAUAAUCACAGAUACUUUUACAUUAACCAAACGUCAGGCCUUAUUUCUUUCAAUAAUGCCUGCAAAAAAAAUUUGGAUCAUUUUUACAAUCUGACUGUAUCUGUAACAGAUGGAGUUUUUCAGGAUAUUGUUCCAGUAAAUAUUGACAUGAUAACUGCUAACAAACACACUCCAUAUUUUGACCAAAGUGUUUAUGAAGUUGAGUUGGUGGAAAAUGCCCAGGUAGGGACCCAGGUGAUUAAACUGGCUGCUAUUGAUCCAGAUGAUGGCCCUUUUGGGAGUGUGGACUACACAAUCAUUAAUAUGCUUGCCAAUGAAAAGUUCUCAAUCAACAGGAAUGGAGAAAUAACAACCACUGAGAAACUUGAUAGAGAAAAUCCUACCCAGAGGGUUAUUGCAAUCAAAGUUAUGGCAAAAGAUGGAGGAGGGAAGGUGGCAUUUUGCACUGUUAAAAUUAUACUCACAGAUGAGAAUGAUAAUGCUCCAUUGUUUAAAGCUUCACAAUACCAGGUCUCGAUUAAGUCUAAUCUAAGCAAGGGCUCUCCCGUUAUUCAAAUUAUGGCUUAUGAUGCAGACGAAGGCUCAAAUGCAGAUGUAACGUAUUCAGUGGAUGAAACAGGAGACAUCACAGAAGAUAUAAUCGAGAUCAAUCCUUUUUCAGGAGUGGUCUCUAUAAAAGAAUCAUUAGCUAGCCUGGAAAACAGGAUUUUCAAUUUCACAGUGAAAGCUGAGGACAACGGCUUACCUCGACACAACUCCAGUGUACCUGUUCAAAUUAAUGUGAUUCCACCAGAAGUGUCGCUUCCUCGCUUCUCAGAGCCUCUGUACACUUUCACUGCUGUUGAAGAUAUUCCUGUUGGUUCGGAAGUUGGUACUGUGAAAGCAAAUGCUGAAGAACCUGUAAUAUACAGUCUUGUGGAGGGGAAUACGGUUGAAAGUAAUAAGGACAGAGUUUUCAGUCUUGAUAAAGAGAGUGGGACACUGGUUUUGCAGAAAACUAUUGAUCAUGAGAAGACAAAGUGGUACCAAAUAGAUGUUAUGGCCCUUUGUCACAGUAAUAGUACCGAGGUUUUUACACUUGCGUCUGUAAAUAUUCAGGUAGAUGAUAUAAAUGACAAUUACCCUGAGUUUGAUACAAAUCUAUACAAAGCAGUUUUAAUGGAAAACAUGCCAGCUGGGACCACUGUAAUGCAGGUCACUGCCAAUGAUCCUGACACCGACUCCAAUGGACAAGUGACAUACAGACUAGAACCCGAAUCUGAUGAUGUCAAUGAGCUGUUUGCAAUUGACAGCAAGAAUGGAUGGAUCACUAGCUUAAAAGAAUUGGAUUGUGAGGCCAAAGACCUUUACCAAUUUCUAGUCAUUGCUACAGAUCAAGGGGGAAAAGUUAAACUGUCUUCCUCAGCAGCAGUCGAAAUUAUUGUUAUGGAUGAAAAUGACAACCCUCCACAGUUUACCUCUGAUGUUUACAAAGGUUCCGUCAUUGAAAACAGCCCACCCGGUGAACCUAUUGUAAGUGUGGAUACGAAGGAUUUCGAUGUGUCAGAGGAAAACAGACAACUAACAUGCUACAUUACAGAUGGAGAUCCACAGGGAAUAUUUUCAAUUGAACAAGUGGAUGGAAAGUGGACAGUGGUGGUGAAAGGGCUUGUUGAUCGAGAAGAGAAGGAGAAGCACAUUAUCAAGAUUACAGCAACCGAUGGCAGAUUUCAGACUUCAUCAGAAGUGGAAAUUCAUGUUCUUGACAUUAAUGAUAACAGCCCUCAGUGUGAGCAGGUGCUCUAUACAGAGUCGGUCCCAGAAGAUGCUCCAGUGGGUUUUUUCAUUCUUAAAGUUUCUGCAAGAGAUCCUGACCUUGGCACCAGUGGACAGAUUACAUAUACUCUUCAUGGUCCUAGAGCAGACAAAUUUCGUCUUGACCCCCAAACAGGAGAUCUGCACACCCUGGAAAUCUUAGACCGUGAACUAGAAAUGGAAUAUGAAUUGUUUGUGAAAUCAACUGAUGGUGGUGGGCGGUCUUGCCAGGCAGACAUUAUGUUAGUUAUCCAGGACAUAAAUGAUAAUGCACCUAAGUUCUCGUCCAAUCACUAUGAAAUCAGUGUUUUCGACAACACAACAGUGAAAACACCUAUUGCUGUACUAUUUGCUAAAGACCCAGAUGCUGGUAUAAAUUCAGAAGUGAUGUAUUCUCUUGUGGAUUCAGCCAACAACUUCUUUUCAGUUGAUGAAUCUACUGGAAUUCUGAGAUUAGAGAAGACAUUAUCAGAUGCAACAACAUCGGUUUUUGAACUCAAGAUCCAGGCAACAGACCGAGGUCUACCUCAUCACCUGUCUUCCGUGGCGAAGAUAACCGUGAAUGUUGUGAGCCUCAGUGAUUAUGUGCCAGUGUUCCAGCACAGUGAAUAUUUCACUUCAGUUCUAGAAGGUUCAGCUAUAGGGACAGAGGUCUUGCGUGUAUCUGCUCAGAUUAAUGAUGCCACACCAAAUGUGAUUAUCUUCUAUAAUAUCAUCUCUGGCAACGAAGAAGGAAAGUUCACAUUAGACUCAAAUACAGGUGUUAUUUAUGUAAAUGGCACUCUGGAUUUUGAACAAGCCCAUGAAUACUACUUGCUAUUAGAGGGGGCAAGAGAAGGAUCGUCUUUUCUUAAUGACACUACUAUGGUGGUUAUAAACAUUACUGACAUUAAUGACAACCACCCACGAUUCAAUCGUGAAGAAUACCAUGCAGAAAUUUCUGAGGAUAUUUCACUGGGGGAGAUCAUCCUGAAGGUUUCAGCAGAAGAUCUUGAUGGACCAAUGAACAAUCAGAUUCUCUAUAACAUUGUGAAUGGUGAUCCACAGCAACAGUUCAGUAUCGAUCGGGACACUGGAGAUAUCUGGGUUAGACAUCAUUUGGACAGGGAGGAACACUCCAGUUACACUUUGAUGAUUCGUGCAUCGGACAAUGGAAACCCUCCUCUGUUCAGUGAUGUUCAGGCUGUCAUAAAGGUCUCUGAUGUCAAUGACAACCCUCCUAUCUUCUUCCAGCUUAAUUAUAGUCUUGUCAUUCAGGAGGAAUGUCCAAUUGGCAGCAGCAUUCUACAGUUGUUUGUGAUUGAUAGGGACACUCCAAAAAAUGGGCCUCCAUUUUCUUUUCGGAUAAUUGGUGGGCAUGAUGGGAAAUCUUUCCAAAUCAGUCAAAAUGGCCUUCUGUCAACAGCAGCUGUUCUAAGAAAGAAGAUAAAGGAAGAUUACUUGUUAGAAAUCCAGGCAACAGAUAGUGGUUAUCCUCCACUUUCUUCCUCGUGUUUUGUAAAAAUCAAAAUAAUAGAAGAGAGCCUAUAUCCGCCCUCAGUAGUACCCCUUGAGAUCUUCAUCACAACCAUCGACAAAGUAUUUACUGGCAAAGUCAUUGGGAAAAUCCAUGCUACUGACCAAGAUCUUCAUGAUGUGCUCACCUACUCUUUAGCUUCAGAGUCCCCAGUUAAUGGGCAUUUUACAGUUGACUCAGUAGAUGGCAAAAUCAUUACCAAUGAUAUUCUAGAACCAGGUCUAUAUUCCUUAAAUGUGACAGUCAGUGAUGGCAAAUUUACAUCAUUUGCUUCAGUUGAUGUGUGUGUGUGGCGUGCCACCCAAGAUGUAUUGGAUAAUGGUGUGACAGUUUCAGUCACUGGGAUUUCCCCUGGAGAGUUUAUUGGGUACCACUGGAAGAGCAUUCAGAAAAUUCUGGGGGAUAUACCUGGAGUUACAAAACAGGCUGUCCAUAUUGCAGGCCUCCAACAAGAUUCAACUGCAUCAGGACUCGAAGCACUACUUGUAUUAAAGGAAAAGAACAGCAGUUUGGAUAUUAUGAAGGUAUUAAAUAAAAACUUUGAGGAAAAAGAUGGUUUUAAAGCUCUGCAAGUGAGACGUGGACUGUGCAGAGGAGGCAACUGUCCACCAAGCUGUAAAUUUACUGUUCAGAUGGAUUCAAGCAGAAUUUCAACGCACACCACAGCUAGGACAAGCUUUAUCACACCUCACCAUUUUUGGGAGACAGUGUGUUCAUGUAACGAAUCUGCCGCAGAAUUCAAAGAGAACAGUUAUCUGAGGUACAAUUACAUCAACGAUAACACAGAUUUUUUUAAUCUGUCCCUGCGUCUAAGAACCAAUCAGUCAAAUGGAUUGAUCAUGGUCACCAAUGGGACAGAUUCAGGAGCACUGCGGAUCAGCAACAAAGACCUAAUGUUUGACUACAAAUGUGGUUACAGUCCAGUCAGAACCCUCCAUGUUCUCAAUGCUUCUGUCUCCGAUGGAAUCUGGCACCAUGUUUCCCUGCAACUGAAAGGAUUUGAGCUUCAAAUGACACUAGAUAAUAUGAGCUCAGCAUCUGUGACUCUCCUGGAGAGGUGUCAAAUACACAACAAAGAAGGUUUCCUGAUUUUUGGUGGAAAUUCCACUGGAGUGAUUAACCAGGGGUUUCGGGGUUGUCUUGACUUGUUGACAUUCAAUGGAGAAAUCAUGAAGAAGGACAUGGACAGAAACAGGAAAAUCACAGGAAUUUUCGAAUGUUGCUCAUGUAUGAAAAACUGCAACAUUACGCCAUGCCUCAAGGAAAGGAAAUGCACCACAGGUUUGCAAUGUGUUUGUUAUCCACCUUAUCCUGCUACAUCCCAUUGUGAAACAAAAAACCAAACCUGCAACUCCCAACCCUGUUCUGAAGGAACAGAAUGUGAAACAGAAGCUGAAGGCUACAGAGCUUGUCCUGAUGAAGAGUGUGACCCAUUAAACUGGCCAUGUGUCUGUGAAGUGACUAUUGACAAACACUUUGGCUUGCCAGAGAUCAUGGUAACAUCUGCUGUCUUGAUUGGGGUCAUCAUACUGGUUAUAAUCUUCAUCUUCAGUCGAAAACGUUAUUUACACUGGAAGAAGCACAUCCCUGUCAACACAACGAACUCAAAUGGAUUUCUCCAGCCAGACUCUGGAAGAAACAUAAUUGGCGACUCGCCAGAGUUGCCAGCCAUUGAAAUGGAAAUAAUGACUGACGCCCAAAAUAACCUGGCACAUGAUCCCUUUUUGCCCAAUGAAAUGCAUCGGCAUUCAGAUUUCUUUCCGUCCAAUGGAGUCCGCUUCCAAAAACAACGAGGGACGGUGGUGUGCAGUGUUGCUCCAAAUCUUCCACCCGCUCCCCCAUCCAGUUCAGACAAUGAGUCUGUUCUGAAAAACAACUGGGAACUGGAAUACGAUGAUUCAGACUACUAUUCUCCACAUGGAAUGAGAGACUACCCACAGUAUGAAUUUGUAGAAGAACGUUAUCCAUCCCUGCGUCCUGCGAGUGUCCAUCGGUCUGUCCAUUUUGAAGGUUUCCCAUUCCCCUUGGAACACUACAACCGAAGGGCACCUUUACCUCCAUGUUACAGCAACCAAACCCUGGAUGACUUUUUGGGCCGUGACACUAUUCCUCUUCCACCUUCUCACUGCCCCAAUGAGUAUACUGCUAUCAGUUACUACCCCACGGAGCACACUGAAGGUGUAAAUAACUUGAAUGGGACAGGUUACCGCCGACUAAGCAUGCGCCUUAGUGUGGCCCAGCCCUCCUAUGCGGACUGUGUCCCCAAUCCUCAGACUGUGGCCUCUUCACGAACCCCACGCAACUACGAGGGUUCAGACAUGAUAGAAAGUGACUAUGGUAGUUGUGAGGAGGUGAUGUUUUAAACUAUUUUUUAAAAUUUCUACCAGUACAAGAACAAACCAUUAUUAUUUCAUGGAAGAUCAAACUGGAAGGAUCAUUUUAAGAAUAACUAAGCACUGAAGACGUACAUUUGGGCAGCUUAAAAAUAUAUUUUUGUUUUGAAUUCCUUUAAAAGGCAGUCUAUUACAAGAAUAUUACAAAGUAAGGUAUAUCAUUUUAUUUAAUGUUUAUUAAACAUAAAGGGACUAAUAAUGAUGCAGCCUGCCAGGUAAAGUAAAAAUACAAUUAUUGUUCUUGUUAUUACUCAGAAAGCAGAACAGAAAGAAGCAUGUGAGUUUUGAAAGAGUUUUAUUACAUUUGAGGUGGAUGUGCUAGAACAUUUGAGCUCUGAUAUUUGUGUCUUUGACCCAUUCUUGACUGCAUUGUGGACUGAAAAUUAAGGACUUCAGCUUUUGAGAUGCUCUGUUUGGUGCCUAGAGAUGACACUAAAAAGUGACACAUGUACAGAGAGACCUCAGUUUAGACUGAUGACUUUUCAGUGAUUUUGACUGUACUGCCAUCAGCUACAGUAAGCACUUCAAUGACAUUUUUUAAUUCAUAUUAUAAUAUCAUAUUAUCACUCACAAACAUUUCUACAUUUUCCAGUUUGAACAUGCUCGAUACAAUUUUUAUACUCUUCUACAUACUGUAAGCAGUGAGCUGCAUUUCAGUACCUGCACAUAGAGACAUGUGUUCAAAGACCUCGUCAUGCACAAGGGAUGCUAAUAGCUUGAAUGUUACUGAUCAGUGUGGGGAACACAUAUGUUAUACAGUAUGUCCCAAUAAAUAUAUCACUGUAAUUACACUUUUUUGGCAGCAGAAGCAAGUGUUUGACUAUACACAAAAUUAGUCCUACAAAGUACUAGUUUUAAAAAUGAUUGUAGAAAAUGUAAUAUGGAUGAAUAUAUCCAGUAUAUACAUAUACACACUCACACUCUACACACUGUAUAUAAUAAGAUUUGAAUUUAUUGCAAUACCUUAGCAGUUAUAAAGUUUACAUUUCUUGAAAUGAAAACAUAUAAGGCCAUUUUAGCGAAUGCAGCAGGAGGGAACCAAAAAAUAUUGUUUUAAAGUAUAAAGAACUAUAUUAUGUCAUCCAUUAUGUUUUGUGGCUGUUUGUCACAUUAUGCUAGUAAGUAUAAUUUUAUUAAUAAAAAUAAUGUAAUUUGAAAUAAACCGUAAAGAGACUAAAAACUGCAUAUCUAUAACAUAACUUAUGUAACAUAUUCUUACUGAUGGACAGUUGUUAAUGGUGUGGACUCACGCCUCUGGCAUCCUCAGGAUAAAUCCAUGACUGGUCAUUUUCCACAUGAAGUUUGCACUUUCUUGUCGUGUCUGUGAGAGUUUUCCUACGAAUGCUGUAGUUAUUCUUUUAUAUCACCAAAGCAGUGCAGGAUGGCAUAGCUGGUGAUGCCAAAUUAGCCCUGUUUGAGUGUGGAUGUGUGUGUGACCGGGUCCUAUGAUGGACUGCUGUACAGUCCAAGGUUGUUUCCUGCCUGGUGCUCAGCCAUUUUGGAAUUGGCUAAAGUCCAUAUCACCUUGAAUUGAAUCUGACAAAUUUGAGAAUGUUACAUAAUUCUGUGUAUAUAAUGUGCAGCUAGUAUUAAAGCAUGCAGUGGUCCAUCACAGGGCACAUUAGCAAAUAUACACCUACACUGCUCAAUGGAGAGAAAAUUAGAAUUGACAGUCAACAAAACUGCAUAUCUUUGUAGUAGUGAAAAAUAAUGUACCAAAAGAAAAAAAAACAAAACAUUCUCACAGCAUGCAAACGUCAAACAGAGAGUCCUUAGGCUGGUGUAGAAGCACUGGAUUCCGAAUAUACAUUUUUCUAAAUAAUUGUAAUAUUUUAUUUAACCCCCACAAAUGUUAGCUUUUUUUAAUAAAUGCACCAAAAUGUGUGAAGCAAUAAAACAUUUUUCCUGAGUCUUUUAUGGGAUUCAUAUAUUAAUUUUUGGUUAGUGCAUACACAAAUAAAAAAAAAAAGUAAAAUUCCAUCUAUACAUCCCACAUACAUAAAUGCAUACACUUUAAUAUGUAAACAUAUAAACAUAGAUUACUACAUUUUAAAAGUUAUAAUUGUACAUUAUGUAUGACAUGAUAGGUAUAUAAAGUUAAACACAUGUAAAUCCAUACUGUAUAAGUACGUAUAGAGCUUAUUCAGGGUGUUUUAUAUUCUGUAUUCUUUUGUGGUACAUUAAAACCACUGUGGAAUGCAAUGUUUUCUUAUUACAGCUCUAAAUUAGGGAAAACAAAAGAAGUUAUUUAAAUGUUGCUUGUACAGAUAAAUAUACAGGGUGGCUCAGUGGAUGGUGCUGCAGUUGCCUCAUGCUGGUUGUUGUUGAAGUGGACUUUGCAGAUUCUCCUUAGGUCAGUGGGAGUUUUCCUUCUCACAUUUCCAGAGAUGUAUGAGUUAGUUAAAUUAGCCAAUUAAAAAAAUUCAAACAAUGUACAGUAUGUAUGUGAGAGAAUGGGCCCCAUAGUGCCCAUCCUAGGUAUGACACUGAAUUUGAUUAAGUUGUUUGCUUUGUUAUGCUGUGUUAUACAGUACAUGCAUGCAUACUUACAGUACAUUCUCUAACCCAGUUCAUCCAGUUCAAGGUUGUUGAGGACUGGAGCAUAUCCCAGUAACCAAGAAAUAACCAACCAUUGUUAGGAUACCAUUCCGUUAUGGUCCUACACAUGCAAACAUAUCUGAUCUGUAUGUCUUUGAGGAUGCAGGAAGAAAUUCCACAUGGACACAGAGAAUGAGCAAAAUCCAAGCACAUAGUGACCUGUCCAGGAUUUGAAAGCACUGUGCCAUUAUAUAUGUGUUAUUUAUUGCACGACUAAACAAUUCGUGUUUUUUUUUUUUCUUUAAUUUUUCAACGGUUUCUUCCUAUUUAUAGGGUCUGUGUGUGUGUAUGUAUAUAUAUAUAUAUAUAUAUAUAUAUAUAUA